AUGGCGAUAUACAUUCCUCGCCCCGCUCCAGUCCAAGUGUCUUUUACGUCUCCCUCAUCGGCCUUCAAGAUCAAACAUAUAUUCCACAACGCUGCAGAUGGCAAGACUCACAAAAGAUUGGAUAUAGAUGAUGAGUUUCUUAGCAUUUACAACUCUGCAGGGUCCCAGAUGGCACACAUCGAGGAUAUGGAUUUAUUUAACGUCUCUCCUUUUGAGCAAGAGCUUGUGAUCAGACAUACAGAGGGACAAACUAUCAGAUUGGCGGACCGGUCGCCCGACUUUGUGGAGUCAUAUCUUGACUUUGCCCUUGAAAAUGGUCCUGCUUCGCGUAUGAUCGAGUUUGAUUGGCAACAAGAAUCUCUCUUGAUUCCGAAUAUGAGCGAUAAGGAGACAAUCGUCAGUUUGGCCCUAAUGUCAUCGGACGCUUAUGUUGGCCUCCCGACUGAUGCUGACUGGAAUGAUGUAGGCGACAAGUACAACGAGUCGGAGCGUUUUGGAUGGGAAAAUGGAGGUGUGAGAGGUCAUGUUUUCACCGAUCCUGAAGAAACAAUCGUGAUAAUUUCAAUUAAAGGCACAUCAGCUGCGGGCUUAAACACGGGAGGAGACGGCCAGACAGUCGAGCAGGAUAAGACAAAUGACAACUUACUCUUCUCUUGCUGUUGCGCGAGAGUGUCGUCGUUGUGGAAAACAGUAUGCGACUGCUACGAAGAGUCGUACACCUGUAACCAGAACUGUUUGGAACAGGAACUAAGGCGACCGGACAGAUACUACAAAGCCGUCUUAGAAAUCUACCGCAACGUGACGCACAUGUAUCCAGAGUCGGAGAUAUGGGUCACAGGACAUUCAUUGGGAGGAUCGCUAAGUUCGCUUCUUGGCCGCACGUUUGGCCUUCCUGCUGUCUCAUUUGAAGCCGUGGGAGAAUUGCUGGCCACCCGCAGAUUGCACCUACCAAUGCCACCAGGGUUACCAGAGGAGAUGGAAAACAUUUGGCAUGUUGGAAAUACUGCGGACCCUAUUUUUAUGGGUGUUUGCAACGGUGCGUCUUCUACAUGCUCUUUGGCCGGUUACGCAUUGGAAACACAGUGCCAUUCGGGAAAGAAGUGUGUUUACGACGUGGUAAACGACCUGGGAUGGCAUGUGAACCUGCUAAACCACAGGAUAAGGACUAUCAUCAGCGACGUUUUGAUGGUCUACAACGACACUGCCGAGUGCGUCAAAUCCCCACCAUGCUACGACUGUUAUAAUUGGAGAUUUGUGGACCAUUCUGGCGAUCGGUACAGAACCACAGCUACCUCCCCGUCACCAAUACCCUCCGACCCCCCUGGACGAAGAUGUUUGAAGCGCACAUGGUAUGGCCGCUGCUACGAAUGGGCGGACGAUCCCAGCUCGGUGAAGACUACCUUCGCGACAAGCACGAUAUACAGCAAGACGAGCGACAUCAGCACCAGCACGCACACAGGAGGAAAUACCACAUGCAUCAGAAGAUCCUGGCUUGGGUACUGUCUUGAGUACGGUCCGGGAUUACGUUAG